AUGCUUGAGUGCGUCCACCAUGAGAGCCGAAAGAAGCCGCUGUACGAGGCCCUCCUGAAGGUGAAGGAGGAGCUGAUGCUACUGGGGUCCAUAUCGUUGCUGCUCAACAUGUUCCAGGCCCCCCUGGGGAAGGUAUGCGUCCGCCGGAGCGCCAUGCGCCACAUGCUUCCCUGCAAGCCGCCACCGCACCGGCCACGCAAGACCCACCACUUCGCCGAUGCUGUGUUCACCGGUGUCAUGGGCGGGGCCAGGCGGCUCUUGGCUGGAGGAGGCGCCUCCGAUGAAUACUGCCUCAAGAAGGGCAAAUUUCCAAUACUUUCAUCUGAAGCUAUUCAUCAGUUACACAUAUUUAUCUUCGUGUUGGCGGUCACUCAUUUCCUUUUUAGUGCUAUUACAGUUCUCCUAGGAAUUGCACAGACGAGAAAGUGGCGAAAUUGGGAGACCAAAAUCCAAAGAAAUGAUGAUAGUGCCCCUCGAAUGAUCAAACAUGUUCAAGAAUUCAAAUUUAUUCAAGACCACUUUAAAGGUGACAAAAAAGAUGGAAGACAUUUGCGUUCCUUCUUCAAGCAAUUUUAUGGAUCUGUCAGCGAGGAGGACUAUACAACAAUGCGACUUGGUUUCAUCAUGAAACAUUGUAGGGGGGACUUAAAAUUCAACUUUUACAGUUACAUGAUUAGAGCAUUGGAGGUUGAUUUCAAGAAGGUUGUUGGUAUUAGCUGGUACCUUUGGACUAUGCUGAUGAUAUUCCUAUUGUUGAAUGUUCAAGGAUGGUAUGUCUACAAUUGGAUAUCGGUGGUUCCAUUCAUUAUGCUACUUGUAGUUGGAAGUAAGAUGGAGCACAUCAUUACGGAACUGGCUUAUGAGGUUGCCCAGAAGCAUACAAGAAUCCGUGGGGAAUUAGUGGUAGCCUGGUUGGCAUCUCUAGAGGCCGCUCUAGAACGCCAAUGA